AUGGAAGCAGAUGGGGUAAUCGAGAAAGUCGAUCAACCAACUGAGUGGGUGAAUUCUGUUGUAGUUAUGGAUUUGCCUAGACCCCAGACCAUUAAACAAAGCGAUCCAGAGAGAGGACUACAAGAUGCCAACCAUUGGAGAAAUAUGGUGUUUUCAAAGUUAGAACAACGUUUAACACGGAAUUUGGUCGAUAUCGGAAACCAGUGACAAUAACUUGUGAUGCCUCUAAAUCAGGUCUUGGAGCGGUGUUGUUACAGGAUUUGAAGCUUGUUACAUAUGCGUCAAGAGCCUUGACUGAUGCAGAAACGAGGUACACCCAAAUCGAAAAAGAACUGCUAGCCGUAGUAUUUGGGUUUGAAAAAGAACUGCUAGCCGUAAUAUUUGGGUUUGAAAAAGAACUGCUAGCCGUAGUAUUUGGGUUUGAAAAAGAACUGCUAGCCGUAGUAUUUCAGUACACCUAUUCACGACCCAUGGAAGUCAAGACGGAUCGUAAACCACUGGAAGCGAUAACCAAGAAACCGCUCUCGAUGGCACCACCUCGCCUACAAAGAAUUUAUUGUGACUACAUAGAUAUGACUUUAUCGCAAAGUACAAACCUGGAAAAGAAAUAG